CACAAACAAGGACCGAAUGAUGAGCAGUCACUCAAGUGCCACUGAAUUCUGCCUUUUAGGCUUCCCUGGGUCCCAAGAACUCCAUCAAAUUCUUUUUGCUGUAUUCUUCUUCUUCUACUUAGCGACAUUGAUGGGAAACACGGUCAUCAUCGUGAUUGUCUGCGUUGAUAAACGUCUGUGGUCCCCCAUGUAUUUCUUCCUUGGCCACCUCUCUGCCUUGGAGAGUACGACAACUUCCAUUAUCGUCCCCGUGAUGCUCUGGGGGUUGCUGCUCCCUGGGAUGCAGACAAUAUCUCUGACUGCCUGUGUCACCCAGCUCUUCCUGUACCUCGCUGUGGGGACCACAGAGUUUGCAUUAAUGGGCGUGAUGGCCGUGGACCGUUACGUGGCCGUGUGUAGCCCUUUGAGGUACAACGUCAUCAUGAACAGCCGCACCUGCAUCUCGGUGGUGACUGUGUCAUGGGUGUUUGGCUUCCUCUCUGAAAUCUGGCCAGUCUAUGCCACGUUUCAGUUUACCUUCUGCAAAUCAAACCUGUUAGAUCAUUUUUUCUGUGACCGAGGACAGUUGCUCAAACUCUCGUGUGAUGACACUCUUUUCACAGAGUUUGUUCUCUUUUUAAUGGCUAUUUUCAUUAUCAUUGGUUCUCUGGCCCCAGCAAUUGUCUCCUACACCUACGUCAUCUCCACCAUCCUCAAGAUCCCCACGGCCUCUGGCCGCAGGAAAGCCUUUUCGACUUGUGCCUCCCACUUCACCUUUGUGGUGAUCGGCUAUGGCAGCUGCUUGUUCCUCUUCGUGAAGCCCAAGCAAACCCAGGCAGCUGAGUACAACAAGAUAGUCUCCCUGCUGAUUUGCGUGUUGACCCCUUUUCUGAACCCUUUCGUCUUCACUCUCCGGAAUGACAAAGUCAAAGAGGCCCUUGGAGAUGGAGUGAGACGCUGUUGUCAGCUCCUCAAGGAUUAACCCUUCUCCCAGCCAGUCUUAGGUGGGAGAGUUCACAUUCUGUAUUACGCAGAAACCUUGAAAACACUCAUUUCUCUCCUCUUUACCAUUAUCAUCUUUAGAAGAAUCAAAUAGUGGUGAACAACUUCUGAUCAAGCCAUGGACAUAGAGAAGGCAAGGUAAAAAUAAAACCCACUCUCCACUCACUAGAAUCUUGCAGCCUUAGUUUCUGUUUGCUUCCACUGUUGAACUCAAAGAACCAUAUUCUUGUGAUGUGGGCAUGACUGUUUGGCAGUGUAAUUAUAGAAAUUUCAUUUUGUUCAAGGAAGGGCUUUGGAGGUAGGAGUUUACUGAAAUGAUAAGACUCAGCACAUCUUGCCAGCCCUGAAUAGGGCAACUAAGCUGACAAGCAGGGGUUUAUGGGGUUACUUAGGGUUCCAAAGAGAACCGUGAGAGGACGCCUUCCUGUUGG